UGUAGUACUGCAGAAAGCUAACCAUCAACUAGCCAACUUGUACUAGUACACAAGACACCGUCGUCCGUAGGCACAAAAGAUCAACAUUCCCUUCGUGCCCAUCCCGCGUGACAUCAAAAGCGGCGUCCUAGGAAGCUAAUCCGUGCUUGAUGCUUCCACAGCCGGACUGCUCGAUUCCACUGGAUCCCUGCUAGCUCCGGCCUUCCAAGAAAUGGCCACCGCGAAACCGAGCACCGCCGUCCCGGCUGCCAACACCGCCGCAGCCGCUGACAAGCCGGCGGCCGAGCAGCUCCUGGAGGUGGCGGAGGACGAGGUGGUCAUCGACUUCCAGCCCAACGCCAAGUGCCGCGCGGACCUCCGCCUCCGCUCGCUACACCCCUCCCUCCCCGUCGCCUUCAAGGUCCAGACCUCCUCCCCUCUCAAGUUCCUCGUCAGCCCCCCGCGCGGCGCCGUGCAGCCGCUCUCCUCCGCCUCCCUCCGCGUCGUGCUCCGCCCGCAGCAGCACGCUCCCCCGUCCUUCCCACGCUCCCGCGGCGACCGCUUCCUCGUGCUCUCCUCCCUCUCCGCCGCGCACCUCGACUCCGCCUCCAGCGCCACCAGCGGCGGCGGCGCCAACGCCAUCCGCCUCCGCGUGUUCUUCGGCGGGGCGUACCUGCUCCGCCUCGCGGCUGACGCCGGGGACGCCGCUGCCGUGCGCCUCCUCCUGCGCCGGCAGCCGCACCUCCUGCCGCUCCUGGAGCCCGAGGCGGCCCUGCCCGACGGCGCCGAGCCGUGGGCGCCGCUGCACGCGGCGGCCGCGAGGGGGGACACGGCAGAGGUGCGGCGCCUGGGACCGGACGCGCUGGGAGCGCGUGACCGUGAGGGGAGGACCGCUCUGCACGUCGCAGCCGCGGCGGGGGAGGCCGAGGCGGCAGCGGCGCUGGUGGACAUGGGCGCCGACGCCGCGGCGACCGACGCACGCGGGAGGACGCCGCUGGAUGUGGCGCGAGAGAAGAGCUAUCAAGAAGUGGUGGACAUCUUGGAACGGUGGGAGCUGGUAAUGACGGCGGCGAGGCGAGGCGACCUGCAGAGCCUCGAGUCCCUACUAAACAAGCGCACCGGCGUUCAUGGCCGCGAUCAGUACGGCCUGACGGCGCUCCACCUUGCCGCCAUCAAAGGGCACUGCGACGUGAUCGCGCUGCUCGCCGGGUCAGGCUGCAUGGAUAUCGAGUGCGAGGACGUGGAGGGGCACCGGCCGCUGCACCUCGCCGUCGAAGGCGGCAGCGCCGACGCCGUGGAGCUGCUGCUCGACAUGGGCGCCGACGUGCACGCUGCCACCAGGCGGGGCGCGACGCCGCUGCAGAUGGCCGUGACGAUGGGGUACGAGGCCAUCGCGCAGCUGCUGCGCGGCCGGGGCGCCGACGAGGCAGCCGCGCCGGCGUUGUGCAUCGCGUCCUCGUCUUCCUCCUCGAUAUCGUGUGCCUAGAUUCGCUGUGUCGACUGCACGGUCCAGAGUUGUUUAUACUUUUGUACCACGAGUCAGGGACACAGUAUUGUCCUGUAUAGGUUUAUAGUUUACAGAGGUGAUUGUUCUGUUUUUGUCAGUAACUCUUGUUAGCGGAUGUUUGCAUUGGUUUCCUUCUUUAUAGGUUCGGUAGAACAAU